GACACCCGCAUCAUCCUUUUUUCUGCCACCAACGACUCCGCAACCGCACGCCUCUUCUCUCCUUCCAAGCAUCACAGACUCUCAGUCAACAUGGCCACCGAGCGUGAAAGCAAGACCUUCCUGGCCCGCCUCUGCGAGCAGGCCGAGCGUUACGAUGAGAUGGUUACCUACAUGAAGGAGGUCGCUCAGCUGGGCGGUGAGCUCAGCGUCGACGAGCGCAACCUCCUCAGCGUCGCCUACAAGAACGUUGUCGGCACCCGCCGUGCCUCGUGGCGCAUCAUCUCCUCCAUCGAGCAGAAGGAGGAGUCCAAGGGCUCUGACAAGCACGUUGCCACCAUCAAGGAGUACCGCAGCAAGAUCGAGCUCGAGCUCGAGAAGGUCUGCGAGGAUGUUCUCAACGUCCUGGAUGCUAGCCUCAUCCCCAACGCCGCCACCGGCGAGUCCAAGGUCUUCUACCACAAGAUGAAGGGUGACUACCACCGCUACCUUGCCGAGUUCGCCUCUGGCGAGAAGCGCAAGGUCGCUGCCACCGCUGCUCACGAGGCCUACAAGAACGCUACCGACGUUGCCCAGACCGAGCUCACUCCCACUCACCCCAUCCGCCUGGGUCUCGCCCUGAACUUCUCCGUGUUCUACUACGAGAUCCUCAACUCCCCCGACCGUGCUUGCCACCUUGCCAAGCAGGCUUUCGAUGAUGCCAUUGCCGAGCUCGACUCUCUCUCCGAGGAGUCUUACCGCGAUAGCACUCUCAUCAUGCAGCUCCUGCGUGACAACCUGACCCUGUGGACUUCAUCCGACAGCGGUGAGGCCGAGCAGGCCGGCGAGGCCAAGAAGGACGAGGGUGAAGCAUCCAAGCCUGCCGAGGAAGAACCCAAGGCUGAGGAGCCUGCGCCCGAGGCUGCUUCCUAAAUCCUUCUUCCUCGUUGCGCUCAAAUCUCGGCAUAAGAACCGAGGGUCAUUUUUCUCGUCUUUUUUUAUAUCUGAAUGCUCUCGCCCUCCUCUACACAUGGCGAUAGAUGGAAUCAUGUUGGAGGCUGGCCUAGCCGACGCAGCACCGGUACGCAGUGCGUUGCUUCUCUGGUUAAUGGGGAGAGUGGUCAUGGAACUUCGGAUUUUCGGUUUAGGGAUGGGAGAGGCGAGUGGCGCAGGGUGCUUGUCCGUCAUUGCCUGUUGACGGACCUUGUUUGGUGUUGACUGCUGAAUGAUGGACGCUUCUGUUGCCCUCUUUUUCCUCCACCCCCCGUCUACCCAACUGCCCCGGUAUCUGUUCCCCUGUUCUGUUUUUUGACACUACCACCUACCUAGUUUACAUCUGGUCCCGUUUUUGGCGGAUCGCUAUGGAAAUGUUGUCUCCCAAUGAUGUCGUUGUUUCCCGCACUUUGCUUGUUUUCGUCUUUUUCCCUCGACCCCUUCUUCACAGUGGUUUUAUCUCGUAUGUUGGACUCGUGUGUGUGCCCCGCAGAGAGAGGAAAAAGGAAACUGUGUAUUUCCCCCCCGCCCUCAAGAUUUCUACAGCAGCAACCCCUUGAAAAAAUGGCAAAAAGAAAUUCCAAUCCAACUCCAAGUCGCCUUUG